CAACGACCUGUUUGGAAGCCCCAAAUCAACGAUUUAGUUUCAGAGAGACGAUCUAAGAGAAGAAAGAGGGGUAGAAAUGAGCGGAGUGUCAGCAUACCUAGCUCGAAGGGCAGCACAAAAGGAGAGAGUCCGAAUACUCUAUCGACGAGCUCUCAAAGAAACUCUCAAUUGGGCCGUCCAUCGCCAUCUCUUCUAUCCAGAUGCCGAUGAUUUGCGUAAGCGUUUCGAUGCUAACAAACACGUGGAAGAUAUCAAUACUAUUGAUAGAUUGAUAGCUGAUGGAGAAGCUGCCCAUAACAAGUGGCGCCACCCUGAUCCUUAUAUCGUUCCAUGGGCUCCUGGCGGCUCCAAGUUUACAAGAAAUCCAGAACCACCUUCUGGGAUUGAGAUAGUUUAUGAUUACGGACAAGAAGCUGAGGAGGCUCUCUGAUCCUUUUUAUCCUGCAACAAAUAAAGGUUGACGUGGCAGGUCGAUUUGAGAUGGAAAGAUUAACAACCAUCUUCUUCGUGUUCUUUAUUUUUAAGUUUUUCUGAGUGCGAUCACUUAGAAGCUUUUGGCAUUUUAAUCUUUGCUAUUGACCUGUGUUUUGAUCUGUUAUUAUGUGACCUUGAAUUAAAAGAACUAAAGAUUGAAUGUUUUAAUAUGUACCCUACAUUUUCUAGCA